UACACCGUCCUGACCCCGAGGAGGCGUCCCCGUAGUAGUGCUGCUGCUCUGGUCGAUGCGCCCUUUAGAUCUGGAAGGCUGGUUGAUUUAGCUCCCUAAUUUUGCUUCACCAGCAUUGAAAUGAAUAAGUUACCAUAGCCUUGUGAAAAGACAGGGCAAAGUCGUUCUGUCUCCUGACCACAAACUGGGCCAAAGGCUGACUACUGUCGCAGAACAUCACGGUUAUUCUCUGCCUCAUGUAGGCUAGAUGCUGUAGACAAUCGCUGGGUUGUUGGACACUCAUUCAAAUGCUUUUGUUUUUGAUAAAUUUUGAAAGCUAGCUCAGUUAGCUAGGUGUGAUGAGGGACCGUUUGGCUGAUCUGACAGCGAUCAGCAGAAAUGAAGGCAGUGAAGCCACUUCUGUACUGGAGCACGACUUCUUCUUGGAAGGAUUUUUCAGAAAGGUGGAGGAGACCCGAGGGCUGAUUGGUCGGAUCUCCUCUCAGGUAGAGGAGGUAAAAAACAAACACAGCUGCAUUUUGUCAGCACCUGACCCUGAUGAGAGAACGAAGGAGAAACUGGCACAGCUCAACGAUGAGAUCAAGAGGAAUGCCAACGCUGUACAGGACCGAUUAAAGGGCAUGCAACAGGGCCUGUCCCAGGACGAGAACGAGAUCGGGGCAUCGGUGAAUAUCCGAAUCCAGAAAUCCCAGCUAUCGGCGCUAUCCCGCAGUUUUGGGGAGGUCAUGACCCUCUACAAUGAGGCGCAGGUGUCCUUUAAGGAGAAGAGCAAGGCCCAAAUUCAGAGGCAGUUGGAGAUAACGGAAAGAGUGACCACGAACGAGCAGCUGGAGGAGAUGCUGGAGAGCGGGAAUCUCGCCAUUUUUGUGUCCGGCGGCAUGACCCUGGAGGCUCUGCGAGAGAUCGAGUCUCGCCACAGGGACAUCGUUCAGCUGGAGUCCAGCAUCCGGGAGCUGCACAGCAUGUUCCUGGACAUCGCCCUGCUGGUGGAGACCCAGGGCGACAUGACCAACAACAUCGAGAAGAACGUGUGCGGCGCGGCCGAGUACGUGGCUCGCGCAGAGCGGGAGACCAAGAAAGCCGUCCGGUACCAGACCAAAGCCCGGCGGAAAUACAUAAUAAUUGCCAUAGUUGUGGUGGUCCUGCUCGGUCUACUUGCUCUUAUUAUUGGUCUGUCUGUGGGAAUCCCGAAACCAUAGUCCCAUCACACUCCCUUCUAGCCAUCACCAUUUGGUACGACAGUAAUUUAGGAGCAAGUAUGUCCAGCCAAAAAACAAAGAACAAGAAGGAAAGCAAAGCAGCAGAGAAAAGAAAAGACGGGCAUGAGUGGAGUGGUGCCCCGUCGGACCUCCCUUGCGAACAUCUGCUCCCAUCCCACAUUUGGCCCGUCAACGUUUCGUUUCGGAAGCUUCCAGAAUCUCGUGGGGUAGGGGCUGAGGAGGCAAAACUCUGCCCUAUGACCCUUCUCAGAUUGAAGGGUUUUUGAAAAGGGCGUUUGAAAAUCAGCACGAUCUUACGCGUACACACACUCCCCUAAUCUUGCACUACGACGCAAGCCACUGCCUUCUAGCAGCAUCACAGAUCAGCAUCUAAGCUAAUCAGCUGCGUUUGUGAUAUGGCAUGCGUAUCCUGAUUAAACUUGAAUCGUUAUUAAUCAGUAAAUGCUGAUUAAUCUGUAAAUCCAUUUUAAAUUUACAGUAGAACCUCAGAGAAUCAAUGUCAGGGAAUGAAUGUCGUUCGGAACACUGAAAUUAGCCAAACUGCAACUGUCAUAUGAAGCGAUAUCAAAUAACCAACAAUAGGCUAAACUUGCAAAAUAGACAAAGCAGAAACCAAUCUGUAUAGAGACGUUGGCAAAGCAACAAGUUUUCUCAACGUGAUGUGAUUUUUGCUGGAUUUAAAUCUAUUCACCUGCUUCUAGCUUCAGCCAACAGCUAAUUUUGUGCUGGUCUGAUUUUUUUGUCGAAAGCAGUACUUUCCUUUUUAAAAAAUGUUUUAUUUAAUAGCGUCAAACAUUCACGUUUCGUGGUUUUUUUAGAUCUCUGAGCUUCUACUGUACUUGGAUUAUUAUUUUUAUUUAUUCCUGUGGCGUGCUGCACAAACACUCCACUGGGGGGGGCGAUGCUGAGCUCUACUAUAAAAUCGAGCUCUGGGAUCGAGGCCUGGUUGGAGCCGGCACACCUGCCUCAUGUUAGGGCAGAUGCUACCACUAAAGGUGCUCACUGACCCAAUCCGGCACAUGGUGAGGCAUCGUAUUCCCAUGUUGUCCGUUUAGUGGGCGGUACUUUUUCUUAUUCCUCCUAAACAGUCCGGUAAAAAGUUUCUGAAAAAGAGUUGCUGAAUCUUGAUUGAUAUUUUAUCUGCAACACCCAGUUUGAAAGUUUGAUCCUAGUUUUGAGAGCCAGGCUCGCUGUGGUGGAUGCAAUUGAUUUACAUGGGCAGAUUGCUGUAUGCAAAUAUAGAACCGUCCAACAUACUAGUCACUUAGCAGACUGCGAACAUCACGCACCGCAAGGCUCUCCAUAGAAAAUGAAUGGUGCGUGCCGGAUUUGGUCUGUGAGCACCUGUGAGCGUCUGGGCUUGUAGUGUGCAGACAGGACUGGAGGAUUGCGUCCACAUUGUAUUCACAUCAGUCGAUCAGCACACCCCCCCCUGCCCUUGUUCCACGUCAUCCUGUGAUGGAAAUCUUUAUACUGUAUACCACUUGACAUAUGUUCAUACUAUUCAAUGAGAUUUUGCAGCUUGUUAGUUAAAAGAGAGGUGUUCCCUGAUGCAGAAUCCAGCUAUGACCAGCAUCAAAUGAUCAGCUACCUGCUGUAUCAAAACAUAGCUUGAGCUGGUCAAACCAUGUUGAGUAUGGAGCUGGUCUGACUGAUCAACCAGCUACCAGCUGUUUCGAAAACCUAGCUUGUGCUAUUUUUUUGUAUUUUUUUUAGCAGGGUUGUUGGCUGUUCCAGUUGGACAGGUGGUCAUGUCUUGUUGACAGCUGUGAUAUUAUCUCAGAAAGUGUGCGAUUGGCUGGUAAACAAAGAGCUUUGUGCCCUUAAAACAGAGCAAAGCACAACGCCUUCACCGGAAAUGAAUCCGCUGGUUCCUCUUGCACAAUGUUAUAGUCCUGCAAAGAAACUCGUGUUUAAAUCUCACGUCACCAGUGCAGAAGGAAUGUGUUUGCUUCAGUUUAAUAUUAAUCUAUGUUAGGUGAUGAAUAUUUUGUUUUCUGAUUUCAUGGAUUUAAAAGCAAUAUUGUUUUAAUUUCAUAGAAGUCAUUCUUGUAUACUAUUGUUGAUGUUUGUAUAAACAGUACUGUGUACAGUACUUUUUUAAAUAACAUACAUUUAGUCUUAUAUUUUUUUAAAUGUAAGACUAGUGUCAGUAGAAAAGAGCCAUUUUUAAUUUCCAAACAUUAAAGUAUAAUAAAUAAAUAAAUAAGUAAGUAAUAAAUAAAUGUUACAGAGAAUUAUUUGUUAUGAAUGAAAUAAAAUCAUUUUCACAUAAACGCUUGAUUGAGGUUGUCUGGGAUUAUCUGGACAGCCAGAAGCAAGCAAGAUGGCCAAAGUCUGCUGAGCUGUGAGAAGUUCUCCAAUAUGUUAGCAACAGUCGAUUUUCUCAUAAAACCUGCAGGACAGUGUACCCAGGAGAUUUGAUGCCAUUUUAACUGCAAAAAGUGGUCACAACGCAUAUAGAUAUGGAUGGUAAUUAGUUUUUAACUGAUUACUGCUUCUGUAGGAUUUAGAAACUUUUCAUUCCAUUAUCUUUGAAAGCAUCUC